AUGCGCGCCGUCACCAUCUCCUCCUGGGGCGCCGCUCCCACAUUCACGUCCUCUCAUCCCGCCCCUACCGCCUCGGACCCCAAUCUCGUAACCCUCAGAGUCCUCGCCAGCGGCUUCCAUCAACUCGUCCGCGCCCAAGCAACCGGCACGCACUACAGCACCAAAACCAGCGUCAUGCCCUAUAUCCCCGGCGCGGAUGGGGUGGGCGUCACGCCGGAUGGCCAAACCGUCUACUUCAACAGCAUCGCCACGGGCGGCGCCUUCGCCGAAUCCAUUACGGUGCCCAAAACCAACAUCACCCCCAUCCCCCACGGCGCCGACCCCGUCCAAAUCGCCGGCCUGACCAACCCGGGCAUGAGUUCGUGGAUGGCCUUUAAAGCACGCGUCUCCAACCUCCCUCCCAAGUUCACCGUCGUCAUUACUGGCGUCACAGCUAUCUCUGGCAAAGUGGCCGUGCAUUUCGCCCGUGCCCUCGGCGCGGGUAAAAUCAUCGGUGUGGCGCGAAACGCCAAAGAAAUGGCCUCGAUCGAGGGCCUCAACCAAAGCAUCGUGCUCGCAGAUAACCCGGCGGAAACCGACUUUUCGAGCCUGGGCGACGUCGACUUGAUCCUCGACUACCUGUAUGGUCCUGCCGUCGUGUCCUUGCUGACGGCACUGAAAUCCAGUGUGCCGGUGCAGUUCGUGCAGAUCGGCGCCGUAGCCGGGAACGACAUCACAUUGCCUGGGGCGCUGUUGCGGUCCAAGGACAUCACAAUGCGCGGGGCGGGGCCUGGAGCUUGGUCCAUGCCGCAUUUCGCAAAGGAAUUGCCGGGUUUACUGGCGGCGGUGGCGACGUUGCCGAAUAUGGAUCUCAAGGUGCGAAAGUUGGAGGAUGUCGAGAGCGCAUGGGCGGCGAAGAGAGAGAGAACGGUUUUUGUUCCGUGA